AUGGACAAGGAUACUUAUAUUACUAGACUAAGGAGCAAAAUCCUUCAAACCACCACCCCGAAACAAUCGCAAAGCCGCUUUGCAGUUCCGGAGAGCCUCCCAAGCGGUGUCGUGCCAUAUCUCGAGGAGGAGCCCACGGUCAAAGAAUGGCUCUGCAGCUUCAGGCUCACUCGGCAAAGCAUCAUCAACUUCCUUUGCAGCCUCUUCCCUUGCACGUCAUGGCUUAGGCGGUACAACGUCCAUUGGUUGCUAGGGGAUGCUAUAGCCGGUCUUACUGUUGGCUUUGUCGUAAUUCCUCAAGCCAUGGCAUACGCUCUCCUUGCGGGUCUUAGCCCCGAAUAUGGACUGUACACUUCCUUCAUGGGAGCCGCCUUGUAUUGGAUUUUUGGAACGUCCAAAGAUGUCGUUAUCGGGACUACAGCUGUUGGCUCGCUUCUAGUGGGCGAGGUCAUUACCACGAUUCAAACCGAAAGGCCAGGCGAGUACACCGCUGAAGACAUUGCGAAGGCCCUCUCGCUUCUCUCCGGCUUCGUCCUUAUUUUCCUAGGAUUAUGCCGGCUGGGUUGGCUUAUCGAGCUGAUCCCAUACAUACCCGUUUCGGCAUUCGUAACAUCCGCAAGCUUUACCAUUAUCGGUACGCAAUUGCCAGUUGCACUAGGUAUAACUGGUAUCAAGACGCGUGAAGCACCGUACAAAGUGUACAUUGGCAUCUUGAAAGGACUUGGGCGGACGCAACUAGACGCCAGUAUCGGCCUGACCUCUAUCGUUCUUCUGUAUGUCUUGAAGAAUCUUUUCACGCAUCUCGAAACGAGGCAGCCGAAAAGGAAAAGGUUAUGGGCUACUCUAAGCUCAUUGAGAAUGACCUUUACUAUUCUUUUGUUUACCCUAGUCAGCUGGCUCGUACAUCGAAAACGACCACGCGACGAUCACGCAUUUCGAAUUGUCGGUCAUAUCGAUUCAGGCUUUACACAUGCCGGUGUGCCUAAGGUCUCGAGCGAGCUUUUUGGGCUUGUUGCCCCUUCUCUUCCGUCAAUCAUUAUCAUCCUCAUUGUGGAACAUGUUGCGAUUGCGAAAGCUUUCAGCAGACAGUUCGGGUAUGAAGUCAACCCAUCCCAGGAGAUACUCGCCCAGGGAUCAUCAAACGCGUUGGGAACAUUUGUUGGCGGAUACGCCUGUACAGGAUCUUUCGGUGCAUCUGCAGUGCUUGCGAAGUCUGGUGUGAAAACACCUCUUGCAACCUUCUUCAGUGCUGUUAUCCUGCUUUUAGCUCUGUACGCGCUGACAUCCGUCUUUUAUCACAUUCCCAUGGCUGCGCUUGCGGGCUUGAUCAUACACGCAGUUGCCAACUUGAUGACGCCACCGAGCGCGCUGUAUCGGUAUUGGAGGCUCUCACCAUUUGAGUUACUGAUUUGGGUAGUGGGAGUUGUUGUGGCGAUGUUCGUGAGCCUUGAGACGUCGAUAUAUACGACUGUGGCGCUCUCUUUUGCCCUUUUGCUCGUACGAAUGGCAAGAUCGGAAGGUAGUUUUCUCGGAGAGACAUUGGUCUACCGGCUCGCGCUGCCAUCGAAAAACUCGGAGUCUGGAGCGGAAGAUCAGGGAAGCAACACAGAGACGCGUGCUGGAAUGCAGACAACAGGGAAAAUGGUGUACCUGCCAUUGAAUCCUGGAAACUCAACCCCUAGGAUCCAGAUCUCAAAACCAUACCCUGGCAUCUUCGUCUACAGGUUCAACGAAGCCUACAACUACGUCAACAAAGCUCGACACAUGGAUCGCCUAACAUCCUAUGUCACAGCAAACACCAGACGGACGAGUUCGCAGGAUAGGAUUCCUCUCAAGGAUCGUCUCUGGUCGGAUCCUCCUACGCCUGCAUCACACAGUACGGCAGGCAACCCUAUCUUGCGCGCCAUUGUCCUGGACUGCUCGACAAUCAACAACCUGGACAUCGCUAGCAUACAAGGUUUCCAAGAUGCGCGGAGAGUCAUGGAAAAACAUGCAGCGCCUGCAUUAGUGGAGUGGCACUUCGCUGGACUCCACAAUCGAUGGGCAAGGCGAGCGCUCGCCCAGGCGGGUUUCGGGUAUCCUGCCCAAGAAGAAGCAAACUCGAAUACGAACUGGUGUCCUACAUACGCAGUGGCGUGCUCCUCGAUGAUAGCGGCUGAGCAGAGAUCGGAGACUGUCGCAUACGGAAGCCACAAGGAUGGAAAACCUGAUGAAGAGGUGGGCAAGGUGACAGACUUGCCCGUGGUCGAAGAGACAGCUGUGGAGCCGGUUUAUGGACUCGAUAGGCCGUUCUAUCACGUUGAUGUUCCAGAUGCAGUGGACGCCGCUGUUCGAAAUGCAAAGAAAAGAGAUGGCGUGGUGGACCUUUCUCCAUGCGAUUCAUUGGGCUAA